AAAAAAGUCAUUGAAUUCCUUUGGAGAGGAAACAGGAGCUGCAGUUCUGAUCAGCACGCGAUUAUUCGCUUCAAAUACAGCGGAAUCGAGUUUAAUCCGGAUUAAUUUGGAGUUAUUCGGAGUGUUUUAGUGUUUUUUUCUCAGCGCUUUGUUUCGGAAUGUCACACAAACAGAUCUACUACUCCGAUAAAUACAACGACGACCUCUACGAGUACAGACAUGUGGUUUUACCUCGAGAACUCGCCAAACAGGUGCCCAAGUCUCACCUGAUGUCGGAGGACGAGUGGAGGAGGCUGGGAGUGCAGCAGUCUCUGGGAUGGGUGCAUUAUAUGAUUCAUGAACCUGAGCCUCACAUCCUGUUGUUUAGAAGACCUCUUCCAAAAUAACGAUGGUGACUGUGGCCCUCAGAUCUUCUGGAACCUUCCUGUGGAUUAUUCUGGUAUUCAGUGAAUACUUGCAACCUUUACUGAAGUUUACUGACUUCCUGUAGACGAGCUGGAUUUUUCUCAGCGACUUCGCUCAGUUAGGAAAUGAAGAGGAUGUGUGUCUGAAAGAAACGGUGUGAAUCUGAAAGAGGGCUUUUAAACAUGUGAAUCACGUCUGCUGUGCCUGUCUAACUGAACAUCACUACAAACCAUCGAGAGUUCUGCUGCAUUUUGAGCACCGAUGCCUUAAAAAAAAAAAAACAGUGUUUAUUUUUGUUGUUCUUUGGGUAAAAGAAGGUUAAUUGAUCACUUGUAUCUGUUUAAAGCACUGAAACGUCUGUACGGGGAGCACUCGGGCCAAAUUACUGACACUUUCAGGAAAAGGGGACCAAAGAAAGCUUGUACUGUAGAGAAACAUUGGUUACAUUCAGUUUAAGAGAUGCUUUAAAACUGAUUUAAGUAAGGUUUGAUUAUUAAAGCUGGGGUUAAAUCAGGUGUAAUCAAGCAGAAACAUCAAUUAUGUGGAUUUAUCCAGUGAACUGGAUUAACCAGAGCUGAAUUUAGACACCUGUAGAUCAGAAUGUAUAGGUUGUGUUCACACUGAGAGCUCAAAUCUGAUUUAUUUUAUAUCCAGAUUGAUUGUUGAGAGUCUGGACAGCCAGAAACAACAUUUUAAAUGUGAUUUACGAUCAUAUGUUUACAAAUUGGGUUGGGAUUUGCAGUCUGAACAUAGUCUAAGAGGUCAUGGGUGGUUUUCUGGACAGGAAUUAAGCCUAGUAAACUAUAUUUUCAGUGGAAAAUCUCCAUUUAAAAUGCUGUGUAGGCUUAAAACUAGUGUUGUAGCUCGGGGGUAGAUUGUAGACCUGCAUAAUAAGUGUUUUUACACCUGAUUUAACUUCUUAGCUAAUUAUUAAGCCCUUUUGAUAUCAGAUCCAGUGAACUGGAUUAAUUAAUGCAGUUUAAUGCAGCAGGGUGUAACUGUAAUCUGGAAUCCUAAACUACUAUUCAAGGAUGUGUAUUUUGUGGUUUAGACAAAUGUAAAAGUAUGUUUUGGAGAAUCAGGUUUGGACUAUUUGAGCUUGUGAACAUAAAGAUAAUUCUAUAUGAUUAAAAGAAAAAUAAGGAUUAUGAUUGUGAUGUUGAUAUGGGGUGAAUUAAGGGUGACUGUGAGUCUAUACAAGGUUUAAUUUCAUGUGUCAGUAUGAGGGAAAAGCGUCUUCACUAUUACAGAAAAUAAUCAUUUUAUAUGGUGUUUUUUGUUCCAUUAAUGGCAGUAAACUAAAACACUGAUCCAUUCACCCUGAAUUCACCCCAGAAUGCAGUACAGAAUAGUGUUUAUUUUAAAAUCAAGGAACUAUUUGCGUUUUCUUUUUGUGACCAAAUAAUAAAAAAACAACAAAAGACCAAAAAAUUUUCACAUUAUCAUUCCAGUUUAUCUUGUACAGUUUAAUAAAAACACCUUUUUCAUAUUGAA